AUGCUCGGGGCUCGUAGUCUGAAGAGCACGUCUCACACCUCUCGAACUUCAUUAUGGUCCGGAACCUCUCAGGUGCAAGCUUGUCGCAUCCGAUUGGCAUCAUCACCUCGUGACUGCAGAGCAGCGUCGACGAGCGCGAAUCCGUAUCCGUUUCCUAAGGCGACACACCCAACGCCUCACCAAAUCUUCCACCUCCCGAGGAGUGCUACCCGAGCUGACGUGAAGGCGCGAUACUACGACCUAGUCCGAAUAUACCACCCGGACUCUCCGGUAGCUUCCGCUGGGGGAAUCUCUCCUGAGAUAGCACACGCUCGCUUUCAAGCCAUUGCUUCGGCUUAUGCCGUCCUUUCCGGGAAGAAACCUGCGUCUUCAUUAGACGGUUCGAAUGCCGGAGAAGGACCAAUGGCGGCCUCCCGGGCUACUUACCACGACCUCAGUACCGCAAUGUGGCGAGCGCGACAGGCGAAGCGGGCAGAGCUGGAUGUUGGCUUGGACGACCGGUGGAAGGAACGGAUGAUGUUAGGCGUCAUACUCCUGGUGCGUCUUCGCGAUCCGCUUUGA